GGCCCACGGCGGCAAAGGCGGCGGGCGAGGCAGGGGGCGAACUCGUGCGCACCACGCAGACCGGCGCAGCUCCUUCCCGUGGAUCAACCAGCAGAUCAUAGGGGCCUCGGAGCUCGGCUUGCAGCAGCUCCUGAGCACCACCGCGGCCCAUCUGAAGCAGAUGAACCUGGUGAACCUGUCGACGGCGAUCCAUCGGCUGGCCAAGAUUACGGCGAACGAUCCCAGGGCGCAGGCGGUGCUCAGGCAGCACCCCGCGCUGGAGGAGCUGCAGGCCGCCAUCGCGUCUGCGCUGGAGGUGCUGGAGCCGGGCGAGGUGCAGCCCCAGUCGCUGAGCAACGUCGUGUGGUCCCUGGCCACGAUGCGGCUGCUGAACUGGUCUCUGCUCCAGGUAGUGGCUGCGCUGGCCAUGACGAACAUCUCCUUGUUCAAGCCGUUCGAGCUGUCGACCAUGCUCUGGGCAUUCGCCAAGUUAGUCUCAACGGACCACGGCGAGCCAGGCAGCAACGUGAAGCCAUUUUUCCAUGUUGCCGCAAACCACAUCACGAAGCACGUGCAAGAUUUUGGCUUCCGCUGUCUUGCGACAACUGCCUGGGCGUUCGCAACCGCACGGCAGCGUCACGCGCGCUUCUUCCGCAGCAUCGCCGCGCAGAUGAUACCAAUGGUACACGCGGCGAACUGCCAGGAGAUGGCGAACACGGCGUGGGCGUUCGGCACCACCGAUUUCCACGACGACCAGCUCUUCACGGCGCUGGCCGAGCGGGCGCUGAUGCAGCUCCACGACUUCAAGCCGCAGGAGCUCUCCAACCUGCUGUGGGGGUUUGCCACAAACGGCUUCUUCCACGAGGGCCUCUUCGCCAGCUCUGGGCUCGCGGCCCAGCGCAUGAACCUGCAGGCGCAGCAUCUGGCGAAUAUCCUCUGGGCCUUCGCCAGGGUGCAGCCGCGGCACCACGCGACUCAGGCGACGACGCUCUCGCUGCUGCCGCUCUGCAUAUCGCAGCUGGAGAGCUUCAAGCCCCAGGAGACGGGGACCUGA